AUGCCGGCCCCCGAGGUACUGGCAUCCGCACUUCGUUUCGCCUACGGCGAUCUGCUGGUCAAACUCAGCCCUGAUGGCACUUUGGACGUCCUCAUCAGCAAAGCCGUGGUUGCGAAGAGCUGUCCAACCCUCGCAUUCUGUUUGCGAACGAUCGCAGACCCACAAUACAUCUCCUGGCUAGACAGCUCAGUGCCAGCGCAACUCCCAGACAGUCCUCAUUCGAUCGACCUCAGCACCCUCGCUUUAAGGUUCGUGGAUGGCACCCUUCUCCUAGAGGGAACCGAGUUCGAUGGCGUGCCGGAGCAUGUCCUGUGUCGUUCAUUCGAUCACUCUUGCCUUUCGAUUCCCGGUUGGCCUCAGCACACCUUCUCUUCCGAGCAGUACGGCAACACUUCGAACGUGCUUGUGGCCUGUCAGUAUCUGGUGCUAUUCAAGAUCCUUCAUAAGCAGGACUUCUCUCUCGACGAUCUUGAGCCGUGGUACGACUCAGUCGACAAGGACAACAUCGAGCGCUACCUGGAUCAGGUCAGCGAGCUGUGCGCGAGAGCUGAGUAUCUUGGCUGCCUACCACUCAUUGCGAAGGUCCUCACUUCCAAGCUCUCUUCGUGUCCGUUCUUCUGGGAGACUAUGGGCUCCAAUCCUUUCAACCGCAUGCUGCUGGGUGAGAAGCUACGCUCGAAAGAGAUCUACUUUGACGCCUUUCGCCACUUCACGGCAAGCUCUCACGGAAAGAAGGAGAAGCUCGCAGGUCUUUCAGACUUUCUUGGGAUGAGCCUGGCGAGUUUUAGCUCUUUGAACCAGUCAAUGCGAGUCCAGCAAGCUAUCGUGAUCGAAGACCUUCUUAAGAAGCUCCGCCAGAUGGCGCUUCCUAAGUCCAACACUCGCCCAAGUGACCGACAGAGCACUCACACCAUUUUCUUGAACAAGGGCAAACCUGACAUCGAAAGUUUCUCAAACAGCCAAAAGAACGCUGCAAAGGCGGAGUUCCUUGCCCGUGCACACUGGGCAGAGUACUAUACUCAGCAAGAGAUGGAUUAUUACAUCGCUACAGAUUAUGGCGAUGGACGCGGCCGCUUACGCAAGGCUCUCGCAGAAAUUGAGGAAUCGACAGCAGAUGGCUCUGGUCAUCUGGUGUUUGGGGCAACCGCCGUCACGGGUCUCGCAACAACUUUCAACUUGAAGGAAGACUCGAUCAACCAACUCACGCAUUUCCUGGGCCAGAUCGUCAGAGUUGCGGACGCGAAGAUUAAGCGCGCUUUCAAGACGAAGGAGGUAAUCAGUGCACAAGGCGUGAGUGUGAUUUGGCGCCGUGCAAGAUUCGACGUAAACGAGGACUACUGGACUUAUCUUCCGUAUGACGAGAACGAUGUUCCAUGGGAGACAGAUCCUGUGUGGGAAGAGGCUACACUCCAACGCGGCACGUUCGACUCCACUCCAGCCACGACUGCACAGCUCCAGACCCUCGGCAUUGUCACGGCAUCCGAGACCAACCCCGAGGAGCUGAAAGUCGACUGGGGAGCCGCCAUGCCACCGGCAAGCGCUAUCCCUCCGCCAGUCGCUGAUGACACAGAAGAUGCAAACGGGCCGGAAGAGAAGGAGAGACCCGCCAUUCGAGAGAUCGCGGAUGUGCAGCCUGGACAGGAUAUGCAAAACAUCAAGCCGUUCAGCGAAUGGUAG